UUGUUAUUUUAUGCGUGGAUAUAUAAAGACUGUAUUCUUCGUGAAAAAAAUAGUAAACUAUUUUCGUCGUUGGAUAUUAACAGAUAUGAAAUAACGGAAAACAUUCAGAUGGCCACAAAAGAGAGAAACGAAGGUCAUGUCAAGACUAUAAUUUCUGGUAGGACAAUGUCAAGGUCAAGUAUGGCGUCGACAUCGAGAUUGUCAAGUAGUACGCGGUUACCAUCGUCUUUGCGCUCAAGUAGAAUAGACUUUAUUGCAUCACGAAGGUCAAGCAAUUUCGGAUCUUCACCGUCCAGACGUUCAAGCAGUGUAAAACUGACAUCACCUGUCCGUGGUCUGACGUCGCCUGUUCGAAGACCAAGAAUAAUUAACAAACAAAUUUUGGACAGAAAAGCAAGCAAACAGUCUUUGAUGUCUGAAAAUAUUCCGAAUGAAUUUGAAACUAUGAAUGAAAACACUGUACCAGAAGAACUAGAAAUAUUUAUUGAUAGAUGCAAAAACAUUGAAAAGACUGCUGUUCAAAAUAUCAAGAAGGUUGAACAAAGUCACGCAGCGGUCACAGCUGAGAUAAAGAAGUAUAGAAAACAGGUGAAUAAUGUCCUAGAUGUAUGGGAAAAAGAAGCACUGGAAAAAGUUGAUGAUAUCAUGAAGUGUGAUAUCGCUCAUCUUAAUUCCAUAUUAGAGGAAUGUGUCAAACUCGAAGAGGAAAUACUACAAUCAGCAAAGGAGGUGACAGAAUAUAAAACAAAAUUGUUGGAGGUAAAUGUUAUUGAAACUGAAGCGAAGAAUACUUACAGAGAAUAUAAAUUCAUAUGCAACGAAAGUAUAUCAAACCUUUUAAAAACGGAAACUCGAAUUGGUGAAGUAGAAAUCACGCACGAAGUGGCCGGACUCUACAACAAUCUGAAUGGAUUUGAUAGUUUUGUCCCAACAUAUCUUGAAGAGAUAAAUGUUAAAGCUGAAACUGAUACAUUUGAUUGUGAUAUAACUGGAAUGGCGAUGAUUGGUACCCACAAGCUUGUAGUUACUGACACGGAUAAUAAAUCUAUUAAGAGUGUAGACACAAAACUCAAGAGAAUCACUUCACACCUGAACUUUUCCUCUGGUCCCUGGGAUUUGACAAUGGUACACAGGGGCCAACUUGCGGUCACUAUACCUAGUGAGAAAAUAAUACAGUUUGUACUAACCACCGGCGGCCUGACAAGAGACCGGCAUCUCAAGGUUAGCGGAGAAUGCCACGGGAUAACCUAUCGCCGUGAAUGUUUAAUCGUAUCUUUUCGGUCGCCUGGUAAAGUUCAAAUAAUGAAUCUUCAAGGUCGUGUUUUAAAAAUCAUAAAUCAAGAUUUACAUAAAACUAGACUAUUUGACUGGCCGGAUUACAUCGCCGUUAGCAAGGACGACAGCUCUAUUUAUGUUUCAGACUGGCAAAGAAACACAGUUACCCGUCUUAGUUGGAAAGGGGAAGUCACUGGCGUUUACAAAGAUACCAUUGGUACCAAUAUGGCAGGAAUUGCAAUUGCAAAAGACGGGAGUGUAUUUGUCUGCAAAAGAACGAGUCAUUCAAUUGUGAAACUAAGCCCGGACUGUUCAGUUAGCAAUACAAUCCUUAAGGAGAAACAUGGACUCAAAUAUCCGUGGUCAUUGUGCUUCUGCGACGAGGAAAGUAAACUCUACGUUGACAAUAACAGAAACAGUAAUACUAUUGCAGUCUUUGAACUGCGAUGAGUUCCAUUAGGUGAAUAUAACAGUCGAAGGUACUACCGGCUAUCCAGCUGUUUAGUACAGUAAACGAAGAGCUAGUAUAUAGAGAACUGCAUUCAUCAAACGACAAAACGACCGUCGAUCGAUUUGACUGUGUUUUUUUUAUCACUUAAAAGUGAUUUUCAUGAAUCAUUGAUAAGUGCUAGUUCAUGAAGGACCGUUCCUGCAGAACCAUGCUGUUAGACAAUUCAAAGUUCCAGCGAAACAAUGCUGUUAGACCAUUUAACCUUCCUGCGAAACAAUGCUGUUAGACCAUUUAACGUUCCUGCGGAACCAUGCUGUUAUACCAUUAAACGUUCUUGUGGAACCAUGCCGUUAUACUAGCGGAACAUUAAACGUACAUGAGGAACCAUACUGUUAUACCAUUAAACGUUUCUGCUGAACCAUGCUGUUAUACCAUUUAAUGUGCAUGAGGAACCAUGCUUUUACAGACAAUUAAACUUUCAUGCAACGGAUCCUGAACAUACACGUUUAUGUUUUGCAAAUAUAUUUUCACUUCGUUAUCAACAGUUGAAAAUCUGUAACAUUAUUCUUCAGUAUAUCUACAUGUCUG